ACUCUCAUAUCCCACAUAUCAAUAAUUCAAGCGCGCGCGACAGAGCAGACGGAGCUCCCCCCUCUGCGCUAUGAGUUCUGCUGCCUCGUCACUCGUCCAGGGCCCUUCCGCUGCGCGCACGACUCUCCCUUACUGUGUUUCCAAGUGACAGAUAAGCUGCUGAGAGGUGGGAAAACAGGAAACAGGCGAAAACUGGGGACUCGCCUGGAGAUACGGGUUAAUAAAGCAAUUGUUGAAAAAAAAGGAGACGCCUAAAACUAAACCGUCUGGGUUUGAGACACUCCGCCAGGGAGUUCACCUUACGCUAAUUAAAGACAGCGGAGUUGCACCUAGUUGUAAAACGAACCUUUUAAGGUUAAUCGAGGAACAGUGGGAAACUCUUCCUACCUGACUUUUUUUUUAAAAGGGGAACAGACCCACUCCGGUUUGAGGUGUGAAGACGACCUGAACAAGUUCACUGCUCGGUUCCGGCAUGCUGGCGUUUUGCCUUUUAAGCGCCGUGUGGCUUGCGGCGAGUCCGGUCCGCGCUCAGAACGAGACGGAGCCAAUCGUCCUGGAGGGAAAGUGCCUCGUGGUGUGCGACUCCAACCCGACCUCGGACCCCACGGGCACAGCGCUCGGGAUCUCGGUGCGCUCGGGAAGCGCAAAGGUGGCGUUCUCCGCAGUCCGGAACACCAACCACGAGCCCUCCGAGAUGAGCAACCGGACUAUGGUCAUCUACUUCGAUCGGGUUCUUGUAAAUGUUGGGAGGAAUUUUGACGAAGAGCGAAGUAACUUCAUUGCACCACGGAAAGGAAUUUACAGUUUUAACUUCCACGUAGUUAAAGUCUACAAUCGCCAAACUAUACAGGUGAGCCUGAUGCACAACGGUUGGCCAGUGAUUUCAGCAUUUGCCGGGGACCAGGACGUGACGCGUGAGGCAGCUAGCAACGGUGUUCUGAUCAACAUGGAGAAGGGAGACCGGGCCUACCUCAAAUUGGAGAGAGGAAACCUAAUGGGAGGAUGGAAAUACUCCACCUUCUCAGGCUUCCUGGUGUUCCCCAUGUAGAGAGGAAGAGGAGGAGGAGGUGCGGGGAUGGAAACAAAGGAGGACGAGCUGGUGGAAGCUGGAAAGCAAAAGGAAGAUGAUGGAAAGGCAGGUGGAGGAAGAAGAAAAAGGACAUGGUUAAGAUGGAGGGAAACAUGACAACAGACUUGUGUUUGGGACGCUGCAGAGGAAGGAUGAGAUGUUAGAGAGAUAUGAGCGUGAUGUGAUGUGAGAAAGUUAAGGAGCCGGCACAUGAGAGUGCACGGUCAGCUUCUUCACUUUGCUUCUUCUUUUCAUCCAUCCUUUCAUGCAUCCUUCUCCUCCCUCUGUUUCCUUGUGGCUUGACUGCAGCUUUGGACAGCCAAAACCUUUUCUAUACUCUGCUGACAGACGCAAUCGAUCACUGAUACGGUCCAGAGUGUUCUGAAGCCCACGUGUAACCCUCCCUCCUGUCCCCACAGUCCCAUCAUUUCUCCAUCGAUCACCAUCAGCAUAAGCUUUGACCAAUAUUACUUGAGCAACUAUUCCCCGCUAACCCCAGUUUCCUGUGCCCACAUGUGUGUUUGUGUAAUUCUCACGCUCGGCAUAAACGCCACUGAUUUUGGAUCAGCUUCUUCCCCUGAAGCCAAACUACACUUUUAGAGUGUAAACAGUAAAGUCUGAUCACAGAAUCAGGGGCUAACCUUUUAUUUAGCAUCAUAAUCACGAGCCUUUUACAAUAAAUGUACCAUUUGUUCUUCAAACACACAUGUUUCUCCUCUUCGUUAUUUAGCACGUAGCAGGAUUCAGCUUUGUAAUGGUUCAGCACUCGUAGCAGUGGGCUAGGGUUAGGAAAACAUGGGUUAAACACUUUGCUGUGUGUGUUUAGGCAACAACAUUUUUCUACAAUAAAGUUUUUUGCUGGCAAAACCAGUCUACAUUCAUCCGAGUGCCCACUAAGACUCGUGGUCCAUUAGUAGGCAGUCAUUAAACUUGUAUACAAAGUGCAACUGGGGAGAACAAAAGUCAGUAGGAGACAGGAGGAGAUAACAGAGCAGUUUAAUAAACCGUAUCCACUCUCUAGUCUACUCAAUACUCCUCCAUCAAUCUCUGGUGUCUAUAUCUACUGAACACUGAUAGUCAAACAGAAAGUAAGACUUUGUUCCUUCACUGUUUUAAUCACGACUCUGAAUCAGGCUUCAUCCUGUGCACCCGUCCUUCACCCGUACAGUCAGUCUGCUUCCUCCCUGCCACUGCUGCCAUGUUUUUAGAUAUCGUAUCCCCGUGUAGGAUCCCUUCUCUCUUUAACUAUGCUGUUUACCCACAAGUGCAGAUUUGGCUUUUAGCACACCUCUGUUAUCCAUCCUCCCUUCCUCAUGUGUGACUCUAUCCGCUGCUGUACUCAUUGGCCUCCUAGCACGGAUCCUUUCCUGCUUUUCUUCAAUGUGGACUGUGGACAAUGAAACAACCUUCAACUUUACAAAAUUAUACAUAUAUAUGAUGAGAUACAAAUGGAUAUAUAAAUAUAAUGAAAUCUAAGCCACCGUUUCUAUCCUCCUGGUUUUAAGAUGAAAAUAAUGGUAAUACUAAUACUGAAAACGUAAUCUGGUUGAUGACUGCAGUAUCUGUAUUUCCGUACUUCAGUGUUAUAUAAUGAAAAAAUAUUCUAAAUGAAACUUAGUGAUUGUGUGGAAAUCCGAGCUGCCAUUCUGCUCUUCUGAUGAAAACAUGCUUCUUGUUUUUGUUUUGGGUCAAACCAAGUUGUGGCUAAAAAGCUGAGACUACUACUUAUAUAAAAUAAACUAUAGCUAAAAGGUACUUUUAUUAUUAUCAUCAUUAUUAUUUGACUGUAAAUUACAUGUGAAUAUUUAGACUAUGACAAUAUUUGAUUUAUGAAUCAAUCAAAUCGAUUUAUCUACUGUUUUCUUAUUUAUUUGCUCUGAAGAAAUCAAUAAAACUAAAUGGUACUUUUAUUUUUCUUAAACCUACUUUCAGCCUGA